UUUUUCAAGAUUCGACGAACGAAAUAUUCUCCAUAAUCUGUUUACCAGCUUCGUUAGGAUCCACUGUCGCAUAUUUAAAUUUUAAUGGCGUUAAAUGUGUGUUUGUGCCAACGAAGAUAUAACGAAUAGCUGCCUUAAUGAGCUGUUAUCUGAAGCAGCCAAUUAUCUGCGAAACAUACGUCUGAGUGAAGAGAGUUCGAUGACAGUUAUUUCAACGAACAUGGAGGCUCAAAGAGCUUUCCUUUCGGCCGUGACAUUCGAAAGGCAGAAAUCAUGGAAAAAGGCUGAAGCCAACUACAUGGAAGUGUUACACCUACUCUACAAGAUGAAAUGGAGGAAACACUGGAACAAAGAGAAACUACGGCUGCUGUUGUUUGAGUGUCAUUUCCACUGUGCAGUUGCACUGCAAAACCUUCUAAACUACCAGAAGGCAAUACGGCAGUUUGUGCGAGCAAUGGAGGUGGUCAGCUGGAAAAAGGAUGAGUGUCAGGCAGGUUGCAUCACGGGAAGGGUUCUUCACUUGCACGUCCCAACCCUAGCGAGAAUAUGCUUUUGUUACAUUCACUCAGGAGAUCUCCACGAGGCUCUAAGCAACAUAGAUAGGGCGAUUUUACUGGACUUUAGAAAUCCGGGUUUAUUUUGCGUCAGGUCGGUGGUUAAUUUCCUUCUAAAUCGAGAGGAAAAGGCCUUAUCAGAUGUAAGUUUUGCUCUCCGACUUGCUCCCACGCAAGUCUGCGCGUGGCUUCUCAGAGGGCUCUUCAAGAAACUAAAGAAAGAAAAAAAUGAAGCUAAUGUUACAAGAAUUAGAAAACUCGAACCUGACCUUGCGAAGGCCUGUGAAAUAAAUCCAGAUGCAAUGCUGUUCAUAAGAAUAAAAGAUCUUAGGACCCACUUUCAAGCACUAUUUGAUCGGUUUCUUCCCUCUAUUCGUGUGUCUCACUCUCUAACUGUUAGUGACGUCAUUGAAACAGAGCGGACAACAAAAGCUGGAUAUGGAAGGACUGAAUGGAAACAAAGUAUCGCAUCGUACUCAGGAAAUCAAUCUGCGGUUAGUCAAAAGACUGUUCUUCUUCCUCCGAAUCCAACCUUUGUGUGUGGAGUGGCAAAACCGCAACAAAAGCUUCGAACGUGUCCGCCAAAAGACGAAAGUGGACUCACUGGGAGCAAGCUUGAACAAUUUACCACAGAACCGAGUAUAUCACAUCACAGAUACUCUUUAAACAUUAGCAAGGAUCUCACACCGAAAAAAACACCUUAUCAAACAAGAAGCGCAUGCGGGCCGCGUGUUCCGCACGUGACUCUCAAGGAGGUCGUUAGCGUAAAGAGCGCAUGCGUGUGUGGUGAUAGAAAGUUUAUCGGAGUGAGGAAUUUUUGGGAAAGGAGCGCGGAGGAUCUUGGGGACAACGACGAUCUUUCCAUGAAAAGUGAGAGAAUGUACUCAAGGAGGUGGCUGCAAGAUAGGAUUCCCACAAAAAUUCCAGACUUUGCAGGUUGCCGAAAGCUUCCUUAAAGAGAAUCUCUCGCGUAUUGUCUCAAGUUUACCACAAGCCCUGAAAAAUCCGAACAUUUUAAAUUAAUUAAAUUUCAUGAUAAAAUUUCAUUUAAAUAAACUCAAAGGUGUAAAACCAAACGAAAACAAACCAUAGCACGUUGAUAAAACCUCUAUGCUUUCUCUCUGUAAGGGAGAGGUGCUUGACCAUGUAUUUUUGAAAGAUGCUAUGCCCCGGUCCAAACAUUUCCUUCAUAAACCACUACAGACGUGAAAUAUACCUCUUCAUAUAUAUAUACUUAAAGUACGAACACGCUUCUCUGACAUAUUUUGUAAUUAGAAAUAAAAGGCUAAAGAAGCCUCUUGUAAGUUUAAAAGAACAACAUUACUGUGUUUUCUCGUGACUACAUAGCCGAGUCAUCUCAUGUCAUCCUUACUAACGCCGGUAAACUGAUAGAAAGUUUUGUCUAUUAAUAUUGCUUUUAAAAAUUACCUUAAAAUGUUUCGAUUU